GCGGGGUGGGCCAGUGUGCGGUAGCAACAGCCAGUGGCCGGCAGUAGGCAAACAGCUCCGGAGAUUGGGGAGGGACUCGGGCCCCCUUGCCCUUGGGAAAGAGCCCUUCCUCCUGCCCCACUGCGCCCCCAAGCUUGCGCUGGGGCCGGGCCGGCGGGGCCGCUGAGCGCCGGAGGGGAGUCGGCCUCCGCUCUGCAAAGAGUCCGGAGUGAAGCUGGGGGAGAAAUCGCUCGACCCCAGCAACCCCCCGAGCUGUUAGUGGGCAGGCGGGGGCGCGAGGGAGGAGAGCGGCAGCAGGGUCCAGCACCGCUUCUUCCUCCCCUCUUCUCCAGGGCUGCUGCAGUGAGCGCUGCCUCCCAGGGUUGCCAUCUCCACGGCUAGACUCGCGCGGACUGAAAUCAGAAGGGAAGCCUCAAAAGCAGAUCUGCCAAGUUGUUCUGGAUCACUUUGAGAAGCAAUACAUGAAGGAGCUGGGAGAGGCAUGGAGCACAGUCAGGGAGGUGCUCACAUCACCAUUGUGCUGGCAAUAUGCUGUUCUGCUUAAUAAAUUCAGCUUUUCCUCUGAACUGAAGAACAACUUGCGUUUGAAGGGAUAUCGUAGUCUCUUUCAGGAAACCUUACCCUAUCUCCCAGGAUCAUUAAAAUGUUACAUCAGUAGAACUCCUGGAAGAUUCCCUGCACAAAAACACCAGAUUGGUAAACUCAAGGAAUAUUAUCUGCUGAAUGCUGCUUCACUUCUGCCGGUGCUGGCAUUGGAAAUAAAGGAUGGGGAAAGGAUUUUGGAUAUGUGUGCUGCUCCAGGCGGUAAAUCAAUAGCUAUGCUGCAGUGUGCCUGGCCAGAAUGUACUCUGUGUAUCGUGUACUGCUGCCAAGCAUGUUCCUGUAACUGUCAUCUUCGCUGCAAUGAGUAUGAUAGUCUGAGAUCAAGGUGGCUGAAGCAGACACUAGAAUCCUUCAUCCCAGAGCCCCUGAUGAAUUUAAUUACUCUCUCUGAACUGGAUGGGAGACAGAUGGGAGAUCUCUAUCCUGAAUUGUACGACAAGGUACUGCUGGAUGCUCCGUGUUCAAAUGACAGAAGUUGGUUAUUCUCUUCUGAUAUUCAGCAGGCUACACUUAGACUCAUCCAAAGGAAGGAGUUGUCUGCUCUACAGGUUCAGCUAUUAAGGUCUGCCAUUAAAGCCUUGUGUCCUGGAGGAUCUGUGGUCUAUUCUACAUGCACUCUCUCGAAGGCAGAAAACAGUGACGUAAUCAGUCGACAUGGCAGAAAUGCAUCUGCUUUUGGGGUGAAGGGCAGCAGCCAACUCGCACAGACCUUGCUGUACGGUGAAGAAGAGAGGAAAUUUUGGCUGGAGGCCAUCAGACACAACAUUCCCUAUCCUCACAAAGUAAUGCCUGAGGAUCUUCGGUGCCUGCCUGAGGUGGACAGGACCUUCGCCAUGGUCUCAUGUGACUGACCUGCACAAAAUAAACCUGCACAGAACUUAACUACUCUUUCACAAGAGGAUGCAGAGUUCUUUCACCUCUGCUGGCUUUGAAGUGGUCCCAGGGAGUCAGUAUGUCAAACCUGAUGCUCUUGCAUUCCUGCUAAUGAAAAAAGAAACACAAGUUGUUUUGUUAAAAAAAAAAAAAAAAUCCUAGAAUACUUUCAUAAUGAAAAUUUGCUGACAGGAAGACAGAUAUACAAUGUAAGGAUUUAGUCUACAGAGACAUUUUGUACAUCAGGGAAGCAGUCGAAGUACAAUGCACACAUUUUAUAUUGUUUUCUAUAAAGGAAACUUUAACCUUUUGCCUUUUGCUUAUGAAUAACUGUUUCAGGGGUCAGAGAACCCUGAAGAAAGGAAAAAUUAUCCCCAGUGUUUUCUUGCACUAGAAUAUGAUGGAGAGUAAACAAGGGUAAACUGGAUCUCUUGGGGCAUGAAGGAAGCAGAUGAGGGUGUCACAUGUUACACUCCAUAGGACAGGAUGAGAGACCCUGGUCCAGUAGAUGCUUAUUCCUAGAUUCCAAGGCCAGAAGGGGCCAUUGUGCUCAUCUAGUCUGACCUCCUGUAUAACACAGGCCAUAGAACUUCCCCAAGAUAAUUCCUAGAGCAUAACUUUUUGAACAGCAUCCAAUCCUGAUUUAAAAUUGGUCAGUGAUUGUCAUAAAUAUAAAGGGAAGGGUAAACACCUUUAAAAUCCCUCCUGGCCAGAGGAAAAAUCCUCUCACCUGUAAAGGGUUAAGAAGCUAAAGGUAACCUUGCUGGCACCUGACCAAAAUGACCAAUGAGGAGACGAGAUACUUUCAAAAGCUGGGAGGAGGGAGAAAAACAAAGUGUUUGGGUCUGUCUGUGUGAUGCUUUUGCCGGAGACAGAACAGGAAUUGGAGUCUUAGAACUUAGUAAGUAAUCUAGCUAGGUAUGUGUUAGAUUAUGAUUUCUUUAAAUGGCUGAGAAAAUAGCUGUGCUGAAUAGAAUGAAUAUUCCUAUCUGUGUGUCUGUUUUGUAACUUAAGGUUUUGCCUAGAGGGAUUCUCUGUGUUUUGAAUCUAAUUACCCUGUAAGGUAUCUACCAUCCUGAUUUUACAGAGGUGAUUCCUUUACUUCUAUUAAAAGUCGUCUUGUAAGAAAA